CUUGGCAUUCUGCCUCGCCAACCUCCUAUUUGGUUGGUACCUCUGGCCGAUGGUUUUGUCAGACAUCCCCGUUUGGACAAAUAACGAAAUCUACCUCAAUUUGCUCGUUUACCUGCACCAGCUAACAGUUUUUUGGUACGGCCUUCUGGUACUAUCCGAAUGUGCCUUGGAAGACUUGGUUUUCAUAACGCUCAUCAUUUUGACAGAUAUUGUUCACAUUUCGCUGAGCGGCGCCUUUCUCGUGCACUCUGCCAUUGGCGGUGGUGGCGACUUUCGACUUAGUAUCGUCGCUCUCUUGGAUAUGUCUCUCAGCUUCUUCUGCUCGAUUCGCUGGCCGUUUGUUGUUGCAUAAUUGAUCAAUUGAUUUUAAGCAAC